AUGGCCUCCUUGCGACGAGGUCCUGAACGCCUUGAUUUCCGCAAAAUGGAGGUCAGUCUUGACUCCAGCAAAAUGGAAAGAGAGCAGAAGAACCAUGAGAGCGAUCUAAAUCGGCUUACUCGGUAUUUCGCUAGCCGGUUAGAGCAUUUUCAGUCGUUAGAGGAUGUCUACCGGGAUCUGGAUCCUGCCGGGCUUGUCGCCGAUGACGAAGCUUUGGAGAAUAUACAUCGUGAACUGGAUCAUAAUAGAUAA